AAGUCUAUGCGACGCAGGAGGCGGCGGCGCUGGCGCUUUUCGUCAAAAGAUCUCGGCGGUGACGUGGAAGCGUGCGCGCGCACUCGCUCGCUGAUAGGCGGCGCUGCCGCCGCCGCUCUAGGCCGACGUCUCUGUGCGGGCGAGGGGGGCGGUUGCUAGGCUGCGCUCCGGGCCUAGUAGGCCGCAGGGGCGGCGUGGCCGGCCAGGCAGGCAGGCAGCCGAAAGGACGGCGAGGGAACGCCAUGGCGGCUUCGCCUCGGCCGGAGCCGCGCGGCUCGGAGACACCCAGCAGCUGCGUGCUGUGUUGCGGAGAGCUGGAGGUGGUGGCGCUGGGCCGGUGCGAGCACCCCAUCUGCUACCGCUGCUCCGUGCGGAUGCGGGCGCUCUGCGGGGUGCGCUACUGCGCCGUCUGCCGGGAGGAGCUGGCCCAGGUGAGCGCGGCCGGGGAGCCGGUGCCGGGAGGGAGGAAGGGAGGCAGGCUCCCUGUUCUUCGCAGGGCCACGGCCGGCUCUGGCUUUCAGUUUUACUUCUUGUAUCUGUUACCUGCCCUGCCCCGACCCCCGCCCAAGGGUCCCAAGGCAGGUUACAUAAAAAACAAAUAAUACUAUACAGUAUAUCCAUACAGCCCACUACGGAUGGCAAAUGCUUCUGAGAUACCUCUAAAAGGGGAAGAUUUAUAGCUAUCUGUAUCUCGCUCGCUCUCUUUCUCUCUCUCUCACACACGGAAAACAAGAUCUAAAGAGAUCUGAAAAACAAAAAAUGCCUUUAUUUUCAGAACUGCUAAACUGAUAAUAAUGUAAAUAUAUGUUUGUGUGAUGAACACUCAUUAGAAAUAUAUCUAUAUAUUUCUACUUUCAUUCAUAUAUUCUAGGCAUUCGUUACUUCAGUUUUGUACUAUUGAGUGUAUUAUAAGUAAGUGUAGAAUAUAUACAUAUACACACACACUCACUCUGGAUCGUGUCCAGCAUUAGUCAUACCCAGAGUAGACUCAUUUAAAUUAAUGGACAUAAGUAACUCUGGUUCAUUGGUUUCACUGGAUCUGCCCAGUGUAGAAUUUAGUUUAGUACAGCCCACUAUCUGAUAUUACUAGUGGGGGUGGGGGUGAAAUCCAUCCAUCAUUAUUGCGAACAGAUCCCACAAAAUCAAUUGGCAGUAUUAGUAAUUAGGCCUACCAAUUUCAUUGGGCCUGAUCUGAGUGUGGCUAAUAUUGUUUAUCACCAAAGUGAAAAAAUGAGCAGUGGACUUUUGUUAGUGUUACCUGCUUUAUUUUAUUUGAAAAAGUAUUAUUAUUAUUAUUGUUAUUAUUGUUGUUGUAUUAUUAUUAUUAUUAUUAUUAUUAUCAUUAUUAUCAGUUGCUGGGGAUCAACAAUGAAAGAAGGCUCUUUGGUCUGAUCCAGCAGAUCUCUUAUGUUCUUAGCUGUUAACCAUAAUAGGUUGAUAAAACCUCCAAGCUCAGAGACAGUCAACCUCUGAGUAUCAGUAUCUUAGAUGAUGAACAGCUGGCUGUUUAUGUUCUAUGGGACUUGCUGAUCCAUUUAUGCUCCAAAGGGUUGAGUUGCCACCUCUUAACCAAGCCCCUUCUGUGUAUGGGAUGAGUUUGAAGUGCAUAGACAGCUGCUGAAAUCUGUAACUUGGUGGCCAGUCGCUUACACAUCUCUUCUGUUUAAAUGUUCAUACAACUAUCUUGUGCAGUCCUCUGGUUUGGAAUACUGUACAUAACAGCAUGUUCUUGUAAGAACCAUGUGACCUUCACAAAGUAUUUUCCUUUUAUUGUUUUGGAAGGAGAAGCUAUGAAGGUCAGUUAUUUCAACAGAAUAGGAAACAGUACUUGUGAGCUCUGCAUGAGAUGUAUAACAAACAUGUAUACACACAGGGGUGGAGUUGCAGACUCACCCUUUUUGCUUAUUUAACACCUCCUAAUUCAAGACAAGCCUCACUUUGCAGUAAAGCCAGUUUGGCUUCUCAUUCUUUUGGUGCUGCUAACAUCAUAAUUUGGGGAUUUAAUGUGUCCAGGCCACAGAAGGCUAUGGAGACAUAUUGUCUACUCCUUGCCAACUGAUAGAGGAGUUUUUAAUAGAGAGAGUUGCAUUCAACCCUGAGGCUGGCCUUGGGUAUCUACAUACCCUUUGACUUCGAAUUACUAUGCUUCUGCCUGCGUAGCCAUCCCUCAAAGAAAGCUUGUACAGUGGGACCUCGGGUAACAUACACUUCAGGUUACAUACGCUUCAGGUUACAGACUCCGCUAAUCCAGAAAUAGUACCUCGGGUUAAGAACUUUGCUUCAGGAUGAGAACAGAAAUCAUGCUCCGGUGGCACGGCAGCAGCAGGAGGCCCCAUUAGCUAAAGUGGUGCUUCAGGUUAAGAACAGUUUCAGGUUAAGAACGGACCUCCAGAACGAAUUAAGUACUUAACCCGAGGUACCACUGUAUCUGUUUCUCAGGUGGUCUCCAGUAUUUCUCUGCCAUUCUCUGGGCUUUCGACACUACUUUAAAGCUCCACUUCUAGCAUUCAUGCAAUUUAACUGAGCUUUGUCCCUACUUACGCUCUCUAAUGGACAGUUCAUAUUUUGAUGGAUGUUGUGGUGUCUUGUGCUGAGUAGUACUAGUGUGUUACCAUCGCUUCUCGGCCUGUUGGCUAAGAUCAAGUACAGUGGUACCUCGGGUUACAGACGCUUCAGGUUACAGACUCCGCUAACCCAGAAAUAGUACCUUGGGUUAAGAACUUUGCUUCCGGAUGAGAACAGAAAUCACGUGGCGGCGGCACAUCAGGAGUGGGAGGCCCCAUUAGCUAAAGUGGAACUCACGUUAAGAACAGUUUCAGGUUAAGAACGGACCUCCAUAACGAAUUAAGUUCUUAACCUGAGGUACCACUGUAUCAUUUGGUCCAUCUGGUUCAAAAUCUUUGUACAGGUUCCUGGAAUUCUGCUAAAACUGACUUGACACCAUUUUCUUAGUUUCUGCUCGCCAGUACCUGAAGCUUCUAAUGCAGGGUUAGCCAACAUUAUGACCUCCAGAAGUUGCUGGACUAAAAUUCCUCAUUGACCAGCAUGGCAAGUUGUCAAUGGUGAUUGGAAAUCUGUUGUGGGAGGGGAUAUGUUUACAUGUUCUUUUUCUUGAAAAUCAAUUAAAAAUAUGUUUAUUUUCUUAUAAAAAGAGGAUGGUCCAACAACACCUGGAGGGCACAACCUUUGCUCUUCGUUCUCUAAUGGGUAGUUCUACUAGCCCAGUUUUAACAAAUUUCCAGUCAUCCCUUUGCUCCUUGCCGCCCCCCUUUCUUGCCAGGUUACAUUCGGAGAAUCCAGGCUGCCUGAGUGUUGUAUGUUUUGAGGCUUCUCUCUGCUCCUCUGGCAAAAUUGUGAGUCAGAAGAGAUUCAGUGUGUACAUUCUGCUAUUGCUCCCUGACCAUUGCUGUGCCUCACUGUUGUUACUGUUACUUCAGUGCUCCUCUGAAUGCUACCAAUGUGGAAUAGACCUCAUUAGUAUCAGGUGUCACAUCUUGAUUAAUCAAAUUCAGUAUUGGUUAUGUACUUAACAAUGUGUCUUAAAAGUGCAGUGAGCCUUUGGGAACCAGCAGUCUCCCUAUGGGGCUGAAUAUUUGUUCAGAACACUAAAAUGGGAUAGACCUUUAGUCUGGAGGGUGCUGGGUGGGCAAUGGCUGCUCGAGUGCAAAGGUGGGAAAGCCAUGGACUUCUCUAAUCAUUGGCUAUGCUGGGUAGGGCUGAUGGCAGGGUCCAACAACACCUGGGAGACCACAAGCUCCCCCAACCCUGGUCUAGUGAUAUGCAAGUGAAUAUUAAGGAUCCUCCAUAUAGAAAAAUCCUGAAAAUGUUUAAUCUAGGUUUAUCUCGUGAAUUUGGGGACAUAAGUGAAUCUCCCAGUAACAGAACACCUCUGGGUGUUCCAGCAGGGAGCUUAUUUUGUAAAUAUGCCCAUAAGGUGCCUACUGUUGUACAUUCAAGAACGAAUGGCUGCUCUCUUUGUCCUCCUUGGCUUCAGUCCAGCAGCAAGUGAUAUCAUUUUUGUUCCAGUUGCAGGAACAGUAUGUUUGCUUAAAGAUCAAGGUUCAAUGAGAUCAUUCUUCUUGGGAGUAAAUAUGUUGUAGGCAUUAGCAUUUCCAGCUUAUUCAGGUCCUGUACUUUGGGAAUGUUUGGGGGGGGCAAGGGGAAAUGGGACACGCAAUAGUCCAAAAGAUACUGACAUGGGAAAAGAGGCAGGAGAGAGAGGGGAGGGAGAGAGAGAGAGUGCACCUUGCCCAGGAGGUCAUUGCAUGACAUUGUUGAUUUCCUUGUGAUCACCCUAUUCCAUGUGCCCAUUCAUAAGUUCAGUGGCAAGGAGCUUCAGGGUGUAAGAUACUUGCAUAGCAGGUGGGACAUGUGUGUGUGUGUGUGUGUGUGUGUGUGUGUGUGUGUGAGAUAGCUACUUACAGAAUGAGAGUAUAAUACAAAGUACAGUGCUCACACUGUCAUAUUAUUUCCAUGUCUCAGGCAGGUUAUUGGUAGUAGAGCCCCUGCUUUGCAUGCAGAGAGCUCCAGGUUCGAUCCCUGAUGGCAUCUUUAGGUAGGGGCUUGGAAUGUCCCAUGUGUCCCUUGGAGUGCUGCUGCCAUUCAGUGUGGACAUUACUGAGUUAGAUGGGUCUGUGUUUCAGGAUAAGGCAGCGUCCUGUGGUCCUCUCUGCUUGCUUAUAUGGCAUAUUGUGCUAAGUUUCAUUUUACAUAAAAAGGCUACACCUCUGCCUCUGCUAAAACUGAUUUCCCCCAAGAGAGUUGGCAGGUGUGAGAGAGAGUUAGCAAGUAAACAGAGGACAAAAAUGCCACUGGGUACUUUGUAAAAAGUGAGACAGAAGGAACAGGGGCAUGUGGAUGGUUAUUCCAAGGGUACUAGUACCAUACUGUACUAGCCACCAUAAACCCACCAUAGCAAACGACCCAGACGUCCUUGUGUGUUUGCGUCUGCAGUGCUGGCAAUCUGCCUUGUUCUUUUUUCCUUAUCACACCCUGUUUUGCCUUCCUCCAUGCUCUUAGCAAUGCAGCAUCCUGUUACAGCUGCUGCCAAGUACUGGAGUAGAUUGCUGUGAUUCUGUUACCUCGUCAAGCUGCCUUUGCACUGGAAGUGGCUCUUUUGGGCUUGGAAUAGAGGGAACCAGAGUGAGAUGGCAGGCAGGGUUAGAUUGGUAGAGUUGGGAGCAGGGGGACCUCUCUCUGUUGCACAUUGGCAGCCAGCCCUACCUUGGACAUUGGGCAGUAUCUAUAAAGCUCUGGAAUGCUCAGGCCUCACAUGUGGGAAAGUCAGCUCCUCCAGUCUCUUCUGCUGAAGACUUUGAGGUUCUCUGUAGAUGGUCCCCUGGUGAUGACAUCAGUGGCAGCCUCUCCUUUAUUCAGGAAUAUUAAUUAAUUGUUUUGCAUCCUGUCCUUUCUUAGAAUAAUAAUGAUAAUGAUAAUUUUAUUAUUUAUAACCUACCCAUCUGACUGGGUUUCCCCAGCCACUUUGAGCAGCUCCCAGCAGAAUAGUAAAAACACUAUCAAACAUUAAAAAUUUCCUUAAACAGGCUGCCUUCAGAUGUCUUCUAAAAGUCAGAUAGUUGUUUAUUUCCUUGGCAUCUGAAGGGAGGGUGUUCAACAGGGAGGGUGCCACUACCAAGAAGGCCCUCUGCCUGGUUCCUUGUAACUUUGCUUCUUGCAGUGAGGGAACCAGCAGAAGACCCUCAGAGGAUGAUGGGGGUGGAGACGCUCUUUCAGGUAUACCGGGCUGAGGCCGUUUAGGGCCAGCACUUUGAAUUGUGCUUGGAAAUGCACUGGGACCCAAUCCUUUAGGAGUGGUGUUAUAUGGUCCCAUCGGCCACUCCCAGCCCUGUAUAAUUCAGAACAACCAUUGGUGCUUAAGAAGCUUCCUCAUACCAUGUCAGACCAUUGGGGCCACAUGGAGCCCUCCAGAGGUUUUGGACUACAACUCUAGCCAGUGUGGCUUCUUGCCAGGGAUGAUGGGAGUUGUAGUCUGCAAUGUCUGAAAUGGACACUGACUUGCAGUGGUUCUCCAGAGUAUCUCCUACUUCAACUUUUUAACUGCUAAGGACUGAACCGGGAACCUUCUGCAUGCCUAACAUGUACUCUGUCACAGAACUAUGGUCAGACAGAAUCAUGGCAGUUAGGUUAGGCUGACAAAUAAGGAGUGGCUGAGUGCUACCCAGUGUGCAGAGAAGUAUGGACCAAGCCACAGAAUCCAGUAACUUCAUAGACAUAGGAGAUGUUGAAGAUUCAGCAUUUUGAAAGUGGCAUUUCUGUCCCUUGUGGCCACAAAGAAAAACAGUUUCUCUUAGUGACAGUGUCUCAGUGGUGCGGUGUAGCUAACCAGAAUCUUGUGACUUCCCCUAGAGUUGGCUCGCCCCCUCAGUAACUUGGUUUGUUCAUAAGAACAACCCCCCACCCCAAGCCUUUUCAACAACAAUCCUGGUUUAUGACUCGCUUGCUUGGAUUUUUCUCAUGCCCAAUGGAGAUGAUACAUUCCAUUUAUUCUUGGAAUGGUGUGUCACCAGCCAGAGGCACUUCCUCUUACAUAAUGUUUAAAUUGCGAGGAAAUGAAAGCUCAGCCGACCGCGCCAGUCGCUGAGGGAGGGGUGAGCAACACACCAAUAAUCUGUGAAACUUUUUUUUUUAAAGUUCAACUGGAACUGCUAGAUAGUAAGCGACUUCUAUCAUGUGAGCAUUUUAGUCCUUCAGAAUGGUGGAAGUACCCAUGUGAUUAGUUAAGUCCCUCUGCAACUGCCUAGUUCCUCCCCCCCCCCCCCAGUUUUGGGUAUUCCUGCAAGGAAGGGGUUGCGUAAGUCCUUGGUUUUUGCUACCCACAAAUGCAGGACCAGGCAAUGAGUUUAGAGAGGAGACUCCCCACAAGGGCAAUGUUCCCUCAUGGGCAUCGUUCUGGGGGCUGCACGCCAGAGGUGGGCAGGGCCCAAGUCAAAGGUGGAUGUGGUAACUGUUAUGACUCUCAUCAUUGCGUAGUGGGCUACUUCUCAGCCAUUCAAAAGGCAGAGGUUUGUCUGUGUGUGCCACACACUUGUGUGUGUAUUAUACAUGUUGUAUGUGUAAAGAAUAUACCCACCCAUCCCUCUUCAUUCCUAGUCUAGACAAGCAAGCAGCAUAGUCACAGUUCAAGGACACAUUCCAGCCAGGCAAAAGUCCUUGAGGCAGGCACAGAGCAGAACCAAUGAAAUAUGUGAGCUGAAUGGAGUCUGCGGUCUGCAAACUACUCACCCCUUUUAAAGGCUGUAGACUUGUUUUGGCUCGUGACUUUGUUCAAGCUUUUUUCACACAUCACAGCCCCAUGUCCAGCCCCUCUUGUUGUACACAUGCCGGAUUAGCAACCUACAUGUUUUGAAAGCCACAGCUAAAUUUCUCAGGGAGCUCACAUGGCUUAAGUAGCUCAUCUGGAUAAAACUAUUGAUAUCUUCUCUUCUUUCCUGCUUUCAUUCCACUGGCUCAUUGGCAGCAAUGGUUCAUCCUUGUUUAAUGUCUCUCACGUGAAAGAGGUUAGAAUGUGAGUGCAUUCAGCUAAGAUUCAAAUCUGUGUCUUCCUCAUCAAGACUCCACACUUUAUCCACUAGGUGUUAUCUGCAUCCACUGAUCACCACUCCAGAAUCUACCCUAUGGAUUCCAGCUUUUAGGACUGGGCCAAUGGAACAUAGCUCUGUAUGUAUCAUCAGUCAUGGGCCCAGCAAGCCCUCUAACUCUCCUCCUUGUGUUCUCUGUAGGUGGUCUUUGGGAAGAAGUUGGCAUCCUUUUCAACUAUUGCACUCAACCAGUUGCAGCACGAGAAGAAAUAUGACAUCUAUUUUACUGAUGGAAAAGUUUAUGCUCUCUAUAGGUAAAUCUUCUGCAGUUUACUCCCCUUAGAUAAAUUGGGCAAAGUGUCCCAUCCCAAAAAGGAGCACCUAGAACAGGGGUCAGCAAACUUUUAAAGCAGGGGGCCGGUCCACUGUCCCUCAGACCUUGUGGGGGCCGGACUGUAUUUUGCGGGGGAGGGGGAUGAACGAAUUCCUAUGCCCCACAAAUAACCCAGAGGUGCAUUUUAAAUAAAAGCACACAUUCUACUCAUGUAAAAACACGCUGAUUCCCAGACCAUCCAUGGGCCAGAUUUAGAAGGGGAUUGGGCCAGAUCUGGCCCCUGGGUCUUAGUUUGCCUAUCCAUGACCUAGAAGAUAGCCAUCUAUAUACAUUGGUUUCCUCUUGAGGAAUCUCUGUGUCAAAUCCUGAUUCAUGGCACCGUGGGGUUUACUCAAGAGUUCAUGGAGCCUGUCUGGUCUCUUGCUUGGAAACAUGGCCUAUGUGGUGGAUGAUUCAAGAUAGUAUUUAAAAGUGCAUCUUGGUCAGCCUUAGUCAAGUGGACACCUAGCAGAUAUUUUGGACUAGAGCUUCCAUCUGCCCUAGCCUCUUGGAGUUAUAGUCUCAAACCCCUGAAGGCGACCACGUUGGUGAAGUCUGCCCUACCUAAGAGGGCAAUAUCUGAUGAAAUCUCAAGAAACCAGAAUGGGAGCUCAGUUGGAUUUCCAUGGCCAGGGGGUGGGUUUUCAAUUCCUAAACAAGAAGGACAAACUAUGCAAAACAAGCAUUUUAGGUUUUCUUGAUGCUGGCUGACUCUGUGUUUGUAAGUGAUCUAUAUUGAACAUUGCAGAAGUAUGCACUAAGCUAUUUCGGGUGCAGGGAACCUUUGGCCCUCCAGAUAUUGCCGAACAUCCCAGAAUCCCUGCCCAUUGGCCAUUCUUGCUGGGGCUGAUGGGAUUUGUACAUCUGGAGGGGUUCUCCACACCUGAUGUAUACAGUGCCUUUCUCCUCCUGCUGGUGCUUUAAUUAAAAGGACGAUGUGCCAAAGGGGAAACUAGGGAAUAGCUCCUGGAGGAGCUAAAUUGUGUCCUCUGGCCUUUUUCUUUCUUUUAGGAAGCUUCUGCAGCACGAAUGCCCGCUGUGCCCAGAGGCCAAGCCAUUCGCCACCAUUGUGGACUUGGAGCAGCACAUGAGGAAACAGCAUGAGCUCUUCUGCUGCAGACUGUGUGUGAAACACCUGAAGGCAAGUAGUUGAGAGUCCUCCAGGGUACCUGGUUGGGUAGGGGGCUGGGUCUUGGCCUUCCCAAUGACAUUGCUCUUAUUUGAGGGCAAGGAGUUAACGACAUGUUUCCUUGUGUUCUAGAUCUUUACCUAUGAGCGCAAGUGGUAUUCGCGUAAGGACCUUGCCCGGCACAGAAUCCACGGGGACCCCGACGACACUUCUCACCGCGGCCACCCCCUGUGCAAAUUCUGUGACGAGCGCUACUUGGAUAAUGAUGAGUUAUUGAAGCACCUGAGAAGAGACCACUAUUUUUGCCACUUCUGUGACUCCGACGGGGCACAGGAAUACUACAGGUUCGUGGGCACAGCUAGAGCGGCGCCCCAGAUGGGAAUUUGCCUGUGGCUAAUCAGUCUUAAGGUUCUUGAUGCAGCUGGCCAACCCAGAACCAGGUGCUUGUGCCCAGGUUCAUAAGAAGAGACCGUGGUCAGGUUUGGAGGGCUAGCAGCCACCAUGAAUUGUAGCUUCUUUUGACAAAUGACUGCUCCUGGGGUAGCAGGAGAGGUUGGGGAUGAAACUAGCCCACCCUGCACUUCAGUUACAGAACCCUUUACUGAAUAAAAUGGGUGAAGGUUUACAUGUUCUCUGCUUGAUAAGGAGUCAGGUUGAAUCAAGAGCCAGGAUGGUGUAGUGGUUAAGAGCUGUAGACUUGUAAUCUGGUGAACCUGGUUCAGUCUCUGCUCCUCCACAUGCAGCUGCUGGGUGACCUUGGGCUAGUCACACUUCUCUGAAGUGUCUCAGCCCCACUCACCUCACAGAGUGUUUGUUGUGGGGGAGGAAGGGAAAGAAGAACGUUAGCCGCUUUGAGACUCCUUCGGGUAGUGAUAAAGCGGGAUAUCCAAACACCUCCUCCUCUUCCUCCUCCUCUUCUUCUUCUUCUUCUUCUUCUUCUUCUUCUUCGGAGUCAAGCCAGCCUCCACCUCCCCUGGUGAAAAUGCAGCUGGAAACAGCUGGGAAAGUUCCUUCCUUCCUUCCUUUCAUGAAUCACUUCCAAUAUAGCACCCUGAAAUGAUUAACCCUAAAAAUAAGCAUUUGCUCUCUCCUCAUCACUGUUGAAGGUGACCACAGUGCUGGUUCUUUCCUUGCCACACUGCAGUCACCUUCAGUGGACACAACCAGCUUUACUCACUAUCAGUAUAGAUGGCAGUCAAGUUGUCGUUCUUGAGGUUCAGAGCUGGCUUCAGUCUUGAAUGGUCUGCCCAUUGUUUUAAAAACCAAAUUCUCCUAACUUUCCAACGUGCUGUAAAUUUACAAAGCUGGGGCACACAAGGAGAACUCUGAAUUCUUCAGGCCUGACUGUUAACUGAUCCUGCAUAUGUAUCCUUUGAAAAGUCUUGCCCUGUCAGAGCAAAGUUCUCUUCACUCAGCAUUCUCUGCAGGAAUCCCAGUAACCAGUUCAGUGCAAUGUGGUCCUCCUAGAAAUUGCCCAGGGGUCCAAAUCCUGCCCAGCCCAAUUUAGAGGCUUUCCAUUUUCCCAUCUGUAUUUGUCACCACAAACUUGGGUCACAUCCACACCAUACAUUUGAAGCACAAGGCUUCUUUACCCCCCAGCAAAUAAUCCUGUGAGCUGUAGAUUACCCCUUACAGAGCUACAAUUCCCAGCAUCCUUAAACUAUAGUUCCCAGGAUUCUUUGGAGGAAGCAAUGUGCUUCAAAUCUGUUCAACCUGAAUGGAGCCCACAGAUAAGCUCACAGUGCAUGCCUCCUCUCUACCCUUUUUGCAGUGAUUAUGAGUACCUCCGGGAACACUUCCGUGAGAAGCACUUCCUCUGCGAAGAAGGCCGGUGCAGCACCGAGCAGUUCACUCAUGCCUUCCGGACUGAGAUAGACUACAAAGCCCACAAGACGGCCUGUCACAGCAAGAACCGGGCAGAGGCCAGGCAGAACCGGCAGAUUGACCUCCAGUUCAACUAUGCGCUGAGGCAUCAGCGGAGAAAUGAGGGUACGCCAUACUGGCCAGGCAGGGAAGGGCUGGCCGUUUCAAAGGACAAAGGCAAUUCACUUCAGUGUUUUUCAGCUGUGUGAUUAUCAUGGGGUGUUUGCGUAUUCUCUUAUAGCCUAGAAAGAAGCACUGGAGGCAAAAAUCAUGUUGGGUUUUUUGGAUGUGAUUUUGUAGGAAAAUGGCAUUCCAUUGCAGAGGUGUCCCGAGCAGUGAACUAACUGGCCAAAUUUUGGAGGCAUCCAAGAUGGAGGAUGGAGGCUGGCUUUAGGCUUGUGUUCUCUGUUUCCGUCAGCUUUUGUGCUAAUUAAGUGCAGAGCUGAUCUGAUAGAGGUGGAUGUGUGGCCAUGCAGCUGAGGCAGAAGCAUAUCCACCACUGGCGUUUUCCAAGCAAGUGCCGCUAGCAGGACUAGGACAGAGCACAGAACAGGCAAGAGCAAGGUGAUAUAACACUUCAGCAUCCCUUGCCCAAAGCACGGUGACCGGAAGAGCCCUGUUAGUAUUGUUGCCUCUGAUUAGAAACUAGACCUGUCAGUCACAAAAUACCUCUCCCUACAUUGACAAGACAAGCCUGCGGAGCAACAUUUCAGUUGCAGCAGACACAUGGCCUGCAUUUAUAAAACAAAAACAAAAAACCCCAAAUCUCCCCAAUAAUAAUAAUAAUAAUUAAUAAUAAUAAAUUUUAUUUAUAUCCCGCCCUCCCCAGCCGAAGCCGGGCUCAGGGCGGCUAACAACAAUAAAACAGUACAAAAGUACAGCACAAACAACACUCUAAAAUCAUUCAUUAUAAAAUUAAUUAAUUCAAGCCACUGGCAACCAUUGGGCCAGAGCUCCGCGAAGAUUGCCGAGGGAGGGAGUCAGGCUGUGCCCUGGCCAAAGGCCUGGUGGAACAGCUCUGUCUUGCAGGCCCUGCGGAAAGAUGUCAAGUCCCGCAAGGCCCUGGUCUCUUGUGACAGAGUGUUCCACCAGAUCGGAGCCACGGCCGAAAAAGCCCUGGCUCUAGUUGAGGCCAGCCUAACUUCUCUGUGGCCUGGGAAUUAGUUUGAAUGUCCCUAAUUUGGUUGGGGGCAAUUAGCAAGGCUUUGGCUGAGACAAGCCUAGGAUCUAUCUGAUGCUUGUUCCUAGCACAUCACCUCCAUUGUAGCCUAUCCUAUUCUAUCCUAUCCUGUCCCGUCCCCCGUCCUCCCCCCACACACACUGGUGACUGAUCCCAUACAAGGUGGAAAAUAGCAGUUUGAGGCUGACUGGCCCCGUAUCUUUCUUGUCCCAGGUGUCGUGGGUGGCGAGGACUAUGAAGAGGUUGACCGAUACAACAGGCAAGUGAGAGGAGGCCGGUCAGGGCCACGAGGAGGGCAGCAAAACCGGAGAGGCAGCUGGAGAUAUAAGAGGUGAGCGAACUUCAGCCAGCCUUUGGGUGUCGUCUCAAUGGGCAGGAAACUGGCUUGUGAACAGGGGUGCAAAUCAGGAUGUGACAUGUACUGUCCCCUUAGUUUAAGGAUGCAGUCAGAGCUUGCUGCCAGAAUUGGACCACUGUCACGCUUAGCAAAAACCAAAGACUCAGGCCCAGGCAGGAAAGGUCAGUGCAAAGGAGGGUGUGUUGCAAAACCCCUUUUUCCUGUUUAUAAAAUCCACGUUCUGUUUUUUCUGUUUUAAGAUACCUCACAUGCAGCUUACGAUGAAAGCAAUAGAACAUUGCAACAACCUAUUGUACUUCUAUAACACACUUUUCAUGCAUAAAACAACUUAUAAAAAUGCCUGUCUAAGAAAAAGAAAAACCCAUUAGAAACUAUGUGGGUUUGUUUAGGUAUUAAGGACAGUGAGCUGUGCAUUCUAUUUGCAUGAGGCUUUGGAGAUGUGUUGCUUUUGCCAGCAGGUGGCAGCACCAAGCUGCCUCUGGCUUUUAUCUCCCCAGAUUCUGCCAGUCCUUCUGUUUUUCCAGACUUCAAUAUGUUGUCUCAAAAUCUAGCAUAACUUGUUGUACACCAUCUUCUACAAGAACAGUAUAGCAUAAUAACCUUUGCAGCAGCCUUUGCCAGCCAAUGGGGCAAUUCUCUCCCCUGCUCCUGUAUGGACCAAGCUUGUUGGGUGGGCGGGGCCAGCCUGCCAGUUGCCUGUUGUCACAAUGACAAGUGACCCAUUUCCGCCCAUGUGGUUUGGAAUUAAACUGUGCGGGUGCAGUACUUGAAGCCUGAACAGUCAGCUGGUUGUUGGGGAUGCAAAGCAGUGCAUGCAGCUGUAGGCAAGCACCAGCAAUCAGUGCAUGGGUCUUUGCAAGUGCCACUAAUCAGCUGAUUGGCAGUGCCUGCAAAGCCCUUUUAACCCAGCCUGAAUGGCAGAUGGGUGUGGCUUGGCUUCAUGGGCCAAGAGGGGAGGCUCUGUUGGGCCCGGUUAGCCUCAUGGGCUGAAGGUUCCCAACCACCUGGUUUAUAGAGGUAGGAGACAUGUCCCUUUAACUCUGGCCUUUCUUGCACUGCACUGUUCAAAAUCCUUACAGGGAGGAAGAAGACAGAGACAUUGCAGCAGCUGUCAGGGCAUCUGUAGCCGCCAAAAGGCAAGAAGAGAAGAAGCGGGGGGAGGAUAAAGAGGACGGCUCCCGUGCCAAAAAGGAAGAUGCAAAAGAUCUGGACUUGAGCACCUCCAAGCGGGGACCAAAACCUCCAGCCGAUGUGCCAGGUGAGAGCGGCCUCUGAGGGCCGGGGUGGGCUCAACACCAGGCAGGAGAGGGACCAUAUUUCAGGAUGCUUGCUAAAAUACAGUCUCUAAGUUAGGCCUGCCUUUCUGUUCUUCCUCCCAAGCUCCCAAGGAAACUGCUGUAAAGGCUGUUUUGAGCCAAGAUGACUUUCCUGCCAUUAACUCGACAGCAGUGGGCUCUGUGCAGAGGUGAGUUUUUGAUCUAGUAGGAUGACAGAGUUGGAAAGGGCCAAAAGGUCAGGCAUAUCACCUAGUUUAAGAGGGGACGGGGUCUCCCUCCAAGGCAAAGCCUUUUUCCUCAUUCACCAGUUACAGAAUCAUGGAAUUGUAGAGUUGGAAGGGACUACAAGGGACAUCUAGUCCUACCCCCUGCAAUGCAGGAAUCUUUUGCCUAGGUUCGCCUGUGCCUCCAUGUCUUGUUUCAGCUUGAUCUGCAGGCUGAAGAGAGUAUCACUCCCCUGUUAGCACCCAAGGCUCCCAAAUAAGUUUCCCAUUCUAUCCUUGGGGCUCCCCAUAUCCAUAUAUCAAAUUCUGUGCAGUUUCAAUGAAAACAGUUCAGUAGAGCACCUCUUUCCCGGUGGGUUUUUUGCUGCAUGACGGGGGAGGUUUGCUUUUCUACACGGGGCUUUCUUCUUGCAGCUCGGCCCAGCCAGCCUCGGUGAAACUGGACGAAGAGGACUUCCCAAGCCUCUCUGCCUCCUCCUCGACUGCCCCUACGGUCUCAUCGGCCAUGUCCUUAACCUACACGGCCACAGCCAGGAGGUCAGCCUUUCAGGAGGAGGACUUCCCGGCCUUGGUGUCCAAAGUGCAGCCAAACAUCAAGGCGGCCUCGACCCUCACCUCCGCCUGGAACUGCGGCUCAGGCAAGAGCAUGGUGAAAGCCGUGCCCACCAGCAACUCCAGUGCCAGCCAACCGGCCAGGAAGGCAGCCCCCAGCAGCAGCGGCAAAGGUGGCAGAAAGAACAAGGCUGCCCUUUGCAGCGACGACCAGGAGAGCGGCAGUGGCCUGACUAGCCAGGAGAUCCGCAGCGCUCCGACGAUGGUCGACGUCUCCUCUCUGCUGGCGGCCUCAAACUCUCAGACUUUUGUCAAAGUGGGCAAGAAGAAGAAAGUUGGGGCCGAGAAGCCGAGGGCAGCCUCUCCCUCCAUCUUGCAGGAAGCACCAGCCCCCAUCCCUUCUGCGGAGAAGGCACCGGAAGCCGAGCAGGUGCCAACCUUGCCUGCCGACGCCGAUGUACCAGCUGUUGUGAACGGUCACUCAGAGAAGUGUGUGGGCACCUGCAACGCUUCUAAAGAGCCCCCUGGUUUGAAGAAGCCCCCAGUGGCCAGCCAGACCCUGCUGCCUCAGGAAGACUUCCCAGCCCUCGGAAACUCUGGACCACCCCGAAUGCCUCCACCCCCAGGUAAAAGGCUGCAGGCUUCCUUCUCAGGUUUUGAGAAGAAUUGUUCCUGGGGUGAGUGAGUGUUGUGGGUGUGGGUGUGAAGACUCUUCCAUCGGUGCAGAAUUUGGCCGCCUGAGAAUCUCCACUAUCACUUUUUCUAAACCGAUUUGAGGGGUUUAUUUUACCAUCAAGUGGUAUAUAAAUUAUAUGAAAUAAAUGAACAAGCAACAACUGUUUUGGCUGUAUAAAGUUGUCUGAAAGCUUUUGAGUCCCAGAUGCUGAAAUCUCUGAACCCAGGUUUCCCAUUACCACACACUGGACUAGGACCAGUUUUCUAGGGUGCCGCUUGAGCACGUACAGAGCAACCUGCCGUGUACUACAAAAGAGCUAUGUCUAAAUCGCUGGCUGCAUAUGCCAUUGGUGCAGGAUCUAACUGCUUGUUGUCUCCCCCACUCCCUUUUCCAGGCUUCAACUCUGUGGUGCUGCUUAACAGCCCCCCGCCACCUCCGGGACUGUCAGUGUCUCUUAGCAAACCACCCCCUGGCUUCACUCCUAUUCCACCCACUAGCAUCUCGGAGUCUGCCCCUGCUCCUGUGAAAGAGUAAGUAGUUGGCUCUUGUGUGUUGUGGUGUUGCUGACUUUCAUCUUUAUGGAGUGGCUGUUACAUAGGUCUUUGGGGCCCUCCCACCCUCUGGUAUAGGAUGAGGCCUGCAAAGGAAGAGGGCCUUCUUUAUGAUGUCACCUCCAGGACUUCCUGACACCUUUAGUUUUUCCAGGCUUUGUAGACAUAGGCUUGGUUUGCACAUAACAUUAAACCACGGUUUAAGUAAAUAUUGGUUAAACUAUGGUUUAGUGCUCUGUGCAAAUCCAACCCAGUGCCUUAAAUAUAGUUUAUCAUUGUUGUUUUAUUUAUAUGCCAUUUUAUUUAUAUGCCAUAUGAAUACCAUUGUUUCUAGUUAUGUUAACUAUAAACUAUAAGCCAUGGCUCGUUAGCUUACUGAUGUUGCCUCUGAAUCUAGGCAGUAUUUUCGUUUCAUACACUUUUAAAAAAUCUGGCUUUUAAGCCCUCAUUGCCUCUUUACUUAUUGUGUUCUUAUUAUGGUUCUUUAGGCUUCUGUUAUUCCUUUUUUUAGUUGUGUUUCGGGGUGGAGGUGGCAUGUUCUUAUGCAAAUUGUCCUUGGAGUUUUUAUGGAACAACACUAAAAAUAUUUUACCAUAAAUAAAUGUCCAAGGUGGCGGUUCCGUAGCGGUUAGGGACUCUUUCUCAAACUUCUGAUAGUUGAGACACACGUUUUCCAAAUUCAGAAUGAGGGUGUGGGUAGGGUUCUUCUUCUUCUUCUUGCAUUCUAAAAGUGUUACUUUUUAGAGGCAUCUGUCCAAAACUGAUGCCCCAGCAGAUGGGGCUGUUGAAUCUUAUAGUCCAAAAGGGCACCAGGUUAGGGAAUGCUGUUCUACUGUGUGUAAGGUAACAGCCACACCAUAAAGCAGCAUUACACUAUUUGAAGAGUCAUGGCUUCUGUCAUCUUGGGAACUGUAGUUAACCCUCACCAUUCCCUGCAGCAGCCUUAACAAACUACAGUUCCCAGGAUUCUGUGGGGGAAGCCAUGCGCUUUAAAUGUAUGGUGUUGAUGUGACCUUAGGCCCUCUCUUCCUGUGCUUCUGCUGCCUCUGAGGAAAGUGGGAUUGUGUGAUUCAGGCACACCUGAUGCUCCUCAGCACAGGCUGCUGAGAAAGGGGAGUGUGCUGGAAGAGGGAGAGUCAGACCAAGAAGUGACAAACUCCAGUGCUUAUGGAUGAAAGCUAUCUAACCUUGUUGCUGUACGCCAGAGGUAGGCAACCUAAGGCCCAGGGGCUGGAUACGGCCCAAAUGCUUUCUCAAUCCGGCCCGCGGACGGUCCAGGAAUCAGUGUGUUUUUACAUGAGUAGAAUGUGUGCUUUUAUUUAAAAUGCAUCUCUGGGUUAUUUGUGGGGCAUAGGAAUUUGUUCAUUCCCCCCCCCCAUAUAGUCCGGCCCACCACAUGGUCUGAGGGACAGUGGACUGGCCCACGGCUGAAAAAGGUUACUGACCCCUGCUCUAAGCAUUUCGGAGUACAAAACUCCAUGAGCUUUAAAAGUUUGCAAAUCCUUUAGAACCAGAAACAAAAAAAUUUCUCCCUGUGUUCAUUGCAAAGAUGCUAGGAAAAAUGUUUACAGGUGGUUUUUUUGUUCCAGUUUACAAACAUGGUGUUUCUGGUUCUAGGGAAUUUGCAAGUGCUUCAGGCUCCCUCCUGAAAAAAGUUUUGCGCUCUAAAAUGCAUAGAGCAACAGCAAUAUUUUCAUCCAUAAGCACUGGAGCAGAAAGUCACAUGGGGCUGCAGCUGGCAGCUUUCUCUAUGGACUGAUAAUUUAGUCCUGUUUUUCACAGUAGAGCAGCAGUUUUGCCAUGUUUCAGGAAUGUGCUGUGGCACACCGUUUAGGAGUUACUGUGGGGAGAGGGAAACCUCAAAAGGGGGAAGCCUCAGAGCAGUAACCAUAAAGGAGUAUCAAGAGCCUCUCCAGGGAGCAUCCUCAACAAGACACCUUUUCCUAAUAACAUCCAAGGAUCCAGUUCAGAUCUUGCAUUUUUCCUCCCCUCUCAAAACAGGCCAAAACCUUGUCAGGGACCCUAUUUGAUCCUGGAUAACUUCCAGCAGCGGAACAUCCAUCUAAUCCAGUCAAUCAAGGAAUUUCUGCAAGAGGACGAAUCCCAGUUCAACAAAUUCAAGACAUACUCCGGGCAGUUCAGGCAGGUGAGCAGCAGGGAGACCCCCUUAGAUACACUUGCAAGACGAUUCUACUGGAACAUCCAGUGGCGGAGAGUUCUUCCCAUGAGUGGCAGCAUGUAUCUGGGUGGGCCUGGGCUUGAUGUUAAGCGUCUGCCUGUGUUUUAGCACUGUUUGGUGAAGUCAUUGGUGGCUUUUUGUGGCUUAUGGUGGGGUAGUGAGGUCAGAAAGCAGUGACGUGUAUCCACUGGAAUCUGAAGGCUGCUCAGUGACAUUGCCCUGGGCUCCUUUGGGAGGAAGGGUGGGAUAUAUAUGUAAUUACUAUUCAUGAUAAUGAUAGUGCCAGCACUUUGCUAUCCCUAGCACAAGGUAAACCUGGAUUCUGUGGUGAAUCCCAUAGAUCACUUACCUCUUGGUCACCCUACCCAGGUUGUGGAAUAGGUUAGCCUAGUCAAACACGGGGAGACAUACCCUCAUCACCUGAAAAACAAGACCAAGGUACUUUUGUUGUACCAAAAGCAGGCCUGGAGAGCUGUUCUGGACCUGCCGCUUUUGAGCAAGUUUGUUUAUAAAAUCUCCCGGGGCAGUGGUGGAGGCUUUCCAGCAAGGGAGCUUCCUGUGGUUCUCUAGGAAAUGUACUUUCAUGUUCCCAGAUACUGGAAGCGCUGCCAAUAAGAUCUGCUUAUAGGAGCAGUCACUGUCAAUAAGAGGCCAUUUCAUCUUCUCUCAUGCUCCAAGGGUCCCUAUGAAGCUGGGGUUGGGGAAGAUCUCCCUAGUGACCCGUGUGGUAUCUGCAGGGGAUUCACUAUUUGCACAAACCUUUUGCCCAGUCGCCUUUUCAGCAGGGACUUCAAGGGAUCUAGGUGACCCUGCAGUGUCUUGACGAGUUCUAGUAAAUCAUGAGCAGACUUGGGCUUGUGAUUUAGUACAUUCUUAUAAAUGCUCUCGGGGGGGGGGGGAAUACUUUUUUGCCUCCACUCCAUACAUCAUUUGCAUGAAGGCUGUUUUCCCAGCCCCCUCCUAUUUUCUGACUGUCCAAUAUCCUUCCCUCCUUUCCAAUCCAAGGGUCUGAUCUCUGCAGCUCAGUAUUACAAGAGUUGCCAGGAGCUGCUGGGCGAGAACUUCAAGAAGAUCUUCAACGAGCUCCUUGUGCUGUUGCCGGACACGGCCAAGCAGCAGGAACUGCUUGCCGCUCACAAUGACUUGAAGGCCAGGCUGGGCUCCUCCGCUUCCCCCAUUGGUAGAUCCAGGAAGAACCGGAAGAGCGCCUGGCAGACAGACUUGGGCUCCGACCUCGACUGUUGCGUCUGCCCCACAUGCCAGCAGGUGCUGACCCAACAGGACCUCCUUUCCCACAAAGCCCUGCAUAUGGAGGAGGAGGAGGAGUUCCCUUCCUUGCAGGCUAUCAGCAGGAUCAUCAGCUAGCUGUUCCAGGCAACUAAAUAAAGCCAGUCUCCAUCUUUAAAAAAAUAAUGGCGUUUCUUGGAAGGCAGGCUCUCAGAAGAGUGUAGAGCAGCCGGCUCUGUGGGCGGGCAGAGGGAGUUUGUGGAAGGUGCUGGCAGGGUAAGGGGGUUCCUGGGUGGCGGCAGCUGCGGCCACUGGGGAAAUCCAGUGACAAUGGGCCUCCUGCCACAAAAAUGGGCUGGAAUUGCAAGUUCCCAGUGGGUGGAGCCUAGUUUGCCACCACCGUUGAUGAAUUAGCUAGUUUCUGACCUUGGCACAAUAUGGAAAUAUGGGCAGGGAGGGGUUGUUUUCAUUUGUAAAAAAAAUAAAAAAACCGGAAGGUUACCAUUUUGGUUGCAGAAAGCCACUGAGAAUGGCUCAGAAGCAGUCGCACAUAAGAUGUAAGUUGUGUAGGCCGCACAGCAUGGAAGGGUGUUGGGAAUGUAGAGCUGGGCAAAAGUGCCAUGGCAAGUAUGGAUUUGGGCCUUUCCUCUGGCCUACUAUUGUCUCUCACCCCAGUUCAGCUUUUUGGAUGAGUUUCUUCCAUCGACAGGGAUGGAACUUCUUAAGAAAAUAUCUGCAUCUAGACUUCAAAGCAUUUUUUCUGUCAAGCUUAAAUGUUUCUCCAAGGAAACCCAGAUUUGUUCUGUUAAAACUGCAUGUAGGUUAAAAAAAUGGUAUUCAAUGCUUUUUCUUCUCUGUGUAAAAUGUGCAUUUCUGCCUCUGUGAUGCGAGUUCAGUUAUUUCCAUUGUCUUUGAGGAAUCUGCUGGCUUAGAUCAGCCAGUGGUUGGCUCAUUAAAUGCUGUUCCACAUUGACCACCACCCUAUGUUGCCAUCUGAUGCCUUGAAAUGCAAGCUUCCUAUGAGUUUACCUAGAAGCGGGUAGGAGAGAGCUGGCUAGGAUCUAAAUUCCACCCUGUCGCCAGGGAGAGCUUCCUCCUUUACAUUGUCUCCACAGGGUAAGCAAACCUCAACAGCUCCAUACAGAGACCUUUCCUAGUGGGCUACCUUGGAAGUGAAAUACAGUCACCAAGACCAGAGAAACACCAGCUGAGAGUGUGCAGCCUCUUGUUCAAGUCCAGGAAGAGAAAUUGCAAAUACUUUGGCAACAGGUAAAAUCUGUCCCACCAAAAAACAACCCUUCGCAUAGGAAUUGUCACAUGAGGGCAGCUAGUUUAGAUCCCCCCCCUAAAUCCAGGUUUGCAGAACAUUUAUUUUGCAUUGUGGGUGGGAGAGGCUGCAAAUCAGUCAUGCCAUUUCCACCAGCCUGUGGUAUGAAAUGGUAGAGUCUAGGUAGAGCUGCUUGUCCAAACAGAUUUUUUCCCAGUUUAUCUGCCACCUUGUUGUAAUUGCUCAAGUCUUGAUGUCAGCAGCCUUUCACUUCAGUAUUUUCAAGUAAUUAUUGUUUUAAAGAUCUUAUAUUGGGAUGUCUUUACUGAAUCCACCUGGCUCUUUAAUCAAAAAAUGCUUGACGCAGUUUAGCAGUUCUGCACAAGUACUGCUGAAAUGAGGGGGGGUGUUACAAGAACUCCCUGUUUGCUUUAGAGGGGUGGAAGAGAUCUAAACCAGGCUUCCUCAAACACGGCCCUCCAGAUGUUUUGAGACUACAACUCCCAUCAUCCCUGACCACUGAUCCUGCUAGCUAGGGAUCAUGAGAGUUGUAGGCCAAAAACAUCUGGAGGACCGAGGUUGAGGAAGUCUGAUCUAAACCUUGGAUCAUUCCCACAAUUUUAAGAAAAAGUUACUUAACUGUUACACAUCCAGGCAUGGCCCCAAAGAUGAUCGUUAAGAUUGGCUCAGUAAUGCAGGACUUAUCUUGAGGUGGUUUUGUUAAGUACUACUUGAGUAAAACUAAGAAUGCAGGGUACUUUGGACCUUUCCACCACAUGUACAGGGUAUGUUGGAAAGGAAGGCAGGGUCAUAUUUCCUGUAGCCCCACCAAACACGGGAAACAAAUACACACACUUCCCACAAACAUGGGAAACCUGCAGAGUUAGGACUCCUGGUUCUGUGGGAGAUCGGAACAGCUCACCAAAUGUUCUCAGUGAUCCUUUUGAUACAUCUAGCUGUAUGUCUGUGCUCAUUGUGCCCAUCAAGAAGUAGUUUGGGAGGCCCCAUGUAGCAGGUAGUGCUCUCUCCCCCAGAGCAAUUCUGUCUUCUCUGGCUUAUUGAAGGCAACCACAGGCAUCCCACCUGAGUCCCAUUGGAAAGAGUGAAAUAAAAUCAGGCAGCUGUUCUUGGCAAUUGUAUUCCCCCCUUUUUGUUUUAAAGUGCAGAAAUAGUAUGAAAUUGAACAUACAACUGGCUCUGACUCACAAAUAAGUUUCCAGCUCACAAUAGAUUUUGCUAGCUGGUCUGCUGUGCUUAAAACUUCUCAACUGUUGGUGGCUUUAAAAAGCCAAUGUCUGUCAUGUGUCACCCUGCCUGGUUUAGAUUCUUACUAUUUCUAUCAGCUAUUUAUAAGCAUCCUUUAGCUGUUUCAGUCACCCACAGGUCUCUCUCACUUCCUUCCCCCUUUACACGUGAUCCAGCCGAAUGUCAAGAGGUCUCGAGCUGUUCAUUUUUAAAUGUUUAUUGAAAAAUAAGUUGCAGUUGGUAUACAGACAAUUAAAAUAACACAGUCACAGAGUGAUGCUUUGUCUUUCCAAAAUGUUAUAUCUAUCUAUCGUUAUAUAUACAGACAAAAAUAGAACUAUAAACAUUGAAAGCCCCUAUGUUCACACAGUUCACUUUUCUACCACAGUGCACGUUGGGUCACUAACAACUGCAACUUUUUGUUGUGUGUUUGAAGCAGUCUGCUUUUUAAGGGAGGUAUCUGUAUGUUUGGUAUCCUAUUAAAAACGAUGAAAACAAUGUGAGGUCGAACUGCAUACUUGCAGCAAAAUGAAAGGGAGGCUUCCUUCUCUCUCUCUCUCUGUACUAAAAAGGUAUUAUUGGGCCUUGCUCACCCUGAAAGGCUUUCUCUGUCUGUCUCUGUGGUAGCCUCUACACAGUCUAUUAAAGGCAAAUGAGUGAACCUUUGAGCAAAAUGAGUUUCCCCUGCCUGUAUAUUGCAGGACGUCAAAAGAGGCGAAGGGGUUUUCAUAAAGAUGCUCUGUAUUGGAAUGGAAGGAGCAAAGGGCUUAUAGGUAGCUGGAGUUAGCCUGGUGAGAGUUAACCUGUUUCUACUCCUGCAGCAUAAAGACUUGGCAAACAUUAAGUGAUCAACUUUGCCAUUCUGUGUAGCACUUGGAGGAUUAGGUGAUGGCGUUUCCUCAUGGAAGGGAAAACGGUGUCUGUGAGACUGUAGUAAGGCUUCUGACAGCCCCACAGGAGAAAGGACAGAACUGGGUUAGGCCACACCAUGAUUAUUUCCUUAAGAAUAUGAUGGAAAAGGUUGCUGCGCUCAUCUUGACAAGCAUGGUUUAGAAGACGUGAGAUGGUUUUCUGCGGCCGCAACCAAGCGUGACAACUUUCUGCUCCCGGCAUAAUUAGAAACUUGGGGCAUGUUAAUCUUAUUUUGCUCUAGCAUGCAGGUUGCAGGAUGCUCAACCAGGUGACUGCAAAGCCAGUGUGGUGUAGUGGUUAGAUUGGCACACUAAGAUAUGAGAGGCCAGGGUUCAAAUCACCAAUCAGUUACACAGCUCACUGGGCGACCUUGGGCCAAUCACUGCUUCUCAACCUAACCUACCUCUCAGCAUUGUUGGCAUUAAUUGAGGAGGGGGAGAGCUAUGUAUGCCAACUUGAGCUCCUUGGAGAAAAAGGCGGACUACAAACGAAAUCAGUCAAUCAACCAACUGUGAGUAUAGCCUGAAGCAACUGCAUGUUGGGCUUGCAGCAGUCAGGACCAGAGCUCUGGCUCUAUCUGGAUUUCAGAGGAGGAUGAGGUCAGCCAGCCUUCCUCUAAUUGCACUUAGCAGGCAUUUCCCAUAAAGCAUGGAACCCGUUCCCAAAGCCUGCUUUCUUUGCCUGUGUGCAGUGUGGCUGGCAUGUCAUUAAAUGUAUUUCCUGCACUUCACCAGCAGUGCAACAAGUUAAAAUUCAGUAUUAACAACAGUUAAAAAGAAAUGGCAGUCACAGGAAUAGGGUGGGCCCUGAAAAUACAGCCUGGGUGUCAAAAGUCAGCUUUCACCACAAGGUGUUUGUUUGACAAAUAAUCCUGACUGCUUUUUAAAACAGAUGGUUGUCGCAAUGGCUCUGGUCAAGGCUUUUAGUUGCUCUGGGUGGAGGCUACUGGCAAUUUCCUCUUCAGGGUAAACUCUGAGCUGUGAUUUGCCCUGAGUGCCAGAAGCAAGCUGUGGCACCUUCACCCCAGCCAUGUGAGUUUGUGGUCCCGUUGAGAUAAGAGGCAGCUUUUCCAUACCCUGAACUGUUGUGCACGAAGAGCACUGAUGGCAGGGCAAGACAGGCAUUCCCAAGUUGCAAACAACCCCUUUUGGCAAAGCAGAAAGUUAUUUUGACACAUUUUCAAUGCCUGGAUGAGCAUCACAAAAGCAGCACAGGUGCCGAGGACUGAUGGGGUUUGACCAGCUCCACACCCCUUUGUGAAAGUGCUCCCCCCCCCACUUUAAGCCGUGGGUUAAUGGUCUCUGGCAGAAAGAUGGAUGGGAGAUGAACACUGAGCACUGAUCUCAAGAAAAACAGGAAUGGGGCAGGGGGAACUAACAGGACAACUUACCAACAGCUCCUACUCAUUAUCUACCAUGUAAUCUGUAAGAAUGUAUUUUGGUUAGAGCUCUGUGUACACAGUUCCUCUGAUGAGUCCCUGUUACAUGGCUUGAGUCGCAAAACAUUGGCUGAGUGCUGAUAGGAGCACAUGGAAACAAGGAGAACGAAUGCUUUUAACGCCUCCGGCAGUGGCUUUUUACUUUAAUUGCAGAGUGGUGGCAACAGGCCAAAGUCUCAUUGGCUGGUUUACUUAACUUGGCAAACCUACACAAAGGUUCAGCAUAAUAAUUGAAAGAUUUAAGGAUUUUGAAGCCCAGUCACACCCAACUAGUCAGCUCCCUGCCUUUUCUCCAGUGGUAGGAAACAAAGCAAGUUAUUUCUGGAUGUGCAGUUUGUGAGCCUCACCUUGAUUCGACAGAUCCUUGCUAACCAAUUCACCAAGUGGAUGCCGUUUUCACCACCCAUUUAGGGGGCCCACAGCUUUCUCUACUGGCUUGUGGCAACUAUUUCCCCCUUACAAUGCCGGGCAGGAAGACCACUUGGGUGCUGGGCUUGGGCACCAACAACUGCAAUCAGCGAUAGAUGCAUGCAUGCCACCUGAUCUCUUGCAAGGUAUCGACAUGUUUGCCUACCCCAUCAUCUACCUAGUACUGCCUUUAAAGCAGAGGCUGUCCUGGUUGGUGCAAAUGGAAUGUGUCAUCCCAAAACAUCCAGGCUGAGGAAGUCAGAGCUACAGUUACAAGAGAAGCACCAUUUGCAUUCAGGGGAUAAAUUUAAGUAGCUGCUACACCUUUUUACAAGCAGGGUGUGGGGAGAGAAUAUGUUUUAGGAUUACAGUAGUGGCAAAAGAAUUCAAAGGAGAUCCACAACUUGCCAGCAAUAUUUUUCCUGGCAAAAGCAGGUGAAAUCAGCUCAUUCAUCUAUUACUUGUCGGCUUGGAUAGUUUGCCCACACAAUAUAAAAAAGGACUGACUGGCCAAUAUAUAACUUUAGCCAAGUAUAUAUUAUUUUCCUGCUCAUCUAUCCCUCCCCCCCCAAAAAAGAUAAGCUUGUAGAUUAUCUAAAUUUGCCCCAAAUGCCAGUCCCCUCAAGAGUCCUUCCUGUUGGCCCAAACAGCAAGUACCUUUGCCACUCCAAACUGAGAACUCCAAAUCAGCUUUCAGAUGCAGCCUGAGCUUCAUCCUGCCGACUUCUGCACACCUUUUUCCAAAGUAUGCAGGUGAACAUGCAAACAUCAGAAGAGCCUGCUGGAUUAGGCCAAUGGCCCACCUAGUCCAGCACCCUGCAGCCUCUUCUCACAGUAGCCAACCAGAUGCCUCUUCUGGGAACCCUACAAGCAGGACCUGAGCACAACGGCGGCAGCUCUCCCCUCCUACAGUUUCCAGCAACGGCCAUUCAGAAGCAUUGAGGUCUCCAACCAUGAAGGCAGAGCUUAGCCAUCGUGGCUAAGAGCCAUUGAUAGCCCUCUCCUCCGUGAAAUUGUCCAAUCUUUUAAAAGCCAUCCAAGUUGGUGGAUGGCCAUCACUGCCUCCUGUGGAAGGAAGUUCUAUAGUUUAACUAUGUGCUGGGUGAAGAAGGUUGGCAUUUGUCUUUAACCUAAAGCAGAGUUGUGGAAGUAAUGGCCCUGCAGAAGCUGUUGGACAAUAACCCUCAUCAGCCCCAGCAUGACAGUGGCUGGGGCCUUAAGUUAGCCUUCUCCAAGCUGGCGCCCUCCAGGUGUUCUGAACUACAACUCAGCCAGACUGCAAUGGGAAUUAAGGUUUCUGAAGAAUCGACUCCACAGUGAUGCUGGGCCUGUAUGUUACCCAGAGCUUCCCAAAUACAGGAGAAGGCGGGGUGGGGGGGGGAGUAUUCUGGCUUUUCCAUCAAUGGCCCCGAAGUCUCUUGCACUUGGCCUUAGUCCUGUCUGAAUGACACAGCUUUGUAUAAACCGCAGUGCUAAUUGUGGGGAGGUUAGGAAUGGGUUGGAAAGGAAGAGAAUACAGAUGUAGGCAUUGAGGUGCAUACAUUCAAAAUUGUAAUAUAUAACACAUUAACACUACUGACCAAGGCAGUUCUACUAGUCAGACAGAACGUAAUCGCUUUCUUUCUCUUUACAAUUAAUACAAGGAUACUCUGAAUGAAUUUCUUUAUAGUUAGAAAAAAUACACUUUACUGAACAGACAUUUAUUUCACAUAUACAAUCGAUUUAAAGAAACAUUUAAAUGUAUUAUACUUUUGUGACUUUCUCUGUGUGUGUGUGUGUGUGUGUGUGUGUGCGCGCGCGCGCGCGUGUGUGUUUGUCUGCCCUCCCUCCCCCCGAAAAAAUAUUUAGACACAAUUUUGUAUACUGCUAAAAUGCCAGUGUUCUCUCUAAGGAAAAUAUUGCUACAGUUCUGUGUGUACCCUGUAUCAAUACCAUUCUCUGUAUCAGUGUAAACCCUAUAUAGGUCUUUGUCCACAAGACUGAUGGCCUUCCAUUGUAAAAUCUGAAAGACUGAAAUGGGACACUCUUAGUUCCAGCCAAUUUGGCCACCUUCACGGAAAUAUUGUGUAUCAAACUGUUAAGGGCAUAUGUCCACGAAAGCUUCCUUGCACAUGCAGCUCUCUCUUACUGGAUUGAGGCCCUAUCUUCAUGGUGGAAUUUCAGAGAUCAAAUUUCUCCAGAGUUACAGCUGAAUGAGAAUGGCAGAUUAUCGGGAUCCGCCUUAAUAUAAAAUAAUUUACAUCUUGCUGCUGAAAUCACUUUAAAAGGCAGCGUCGUUUUAUUUCAGUUCACUUACCCAUCUUCUCAUAGUUUAAAUUUCAUUUAAGCCCACUCUCUUAACCCUUAAGCAUUACUACAUCUUCAUGGGAAUUUAGCCUUUUCUCUCUGGUUUCCGACAUCCAACUGUCUUUUCGUUUUCUCUUGUCUGCCACAGUGAAACUUUUUGCCCAAACUUUCUUUACAGAGUAAGGCUGGAGCUAUUCCCAACAAAUACUGUGAUGCACAUUAUUCCACUCUGUGUUCAAAAAAAAAAUGGCCUCUACCAGACACAACCAUUUUAAAGGGAUGGCGUGGAUAAUUUUUGGUACUGAAGGGGCUGGCAAAAUGGCCGCAUACUGAUAGCGGUGGAAUUUUUAUUAAGAAAAACCAAUUAAUGGAUGCCAUCUUGAGGCCAUGUCGAAAAUGGCCUGUCACAAGAAACCUCCACUCCUGCUGCUAUUCCCUCAACAGACAUAUUUCUUCCUUUUCGCUUCCAUCUUUUUCCAGACUGCUUGACGUGUGUCCCCCAUCUCUGAGGCAGAGGCAGAAUUGGUGGGCUGGAUCACACUCCUCAUGAGGAUACGAUGAGGACCCUAGCAGUUAGCAAGCCCUAUUUUUAGACGACAGCUGAGCUACUGAAUGCUACAUAUCCCCACUGCUAGGAGACUCUUAAAGGCUGAUGGCCUGACAGUGUGACUGUUUCCCCACCCUCACCCCAGAGCAGUAAUUUUUGUGUAAAAGGUGUACAAAAAUGAUUCUUGCAUCAAAGCCAUUUGGAAAAGAAAGAAAAAAACUUCCUGCGGUACCAGAAUCGCAAAGCUAACACAGCUAAUACAGAAGGGUUUUUCACUCAUUUAGCACAGGAAAUAUGCCAAGUACAUAACAAACACACACACAAAUGAAAUCAACACAACCAUUAUUUUUGGUUUUAAAUUUGGCACAUUCCUUUUGAAAACAGUCUUCCCCAACUGGGUUCCCUCCAGAUGUUUUGGACGCCCAUCAGCUCCCACUGGGGAUAUUGAGAGUUGGAAUCCAAAACAACUGGAGGGCAAGAAGGCUGCUUUAAAACUACCUUUUUUCUAGGGCUGUAGAGCAAGGGAAUAAAAAAAUAGGAGAGGAUGAUCUGGAAGGUUCCUAGGAUGAAGACAGUGGGAGCAAUUUUCUGGAUUAAGCCCCGGAAGCACAAAAUAAAGCAUCUACUUAUCUGUGUAAGGAGUGGGACGUCUCUUAACAGGCUGGGCUAUUGCCAGCUUCUGUGUGCGAAUUCAGGAAAAAAAUGCCACAAUGAGCCAAGAUCACAGGGAUGGCUCACAAAGAUGGCAGUUGGUAGCAACCAUCCUAACGUUUCAUGCUUAGAGGGAACACUGUUGUUUUUUAAAAAAUAAAAUUCAAAAAAUAUCCUCAGACAGGUAAGACAAGAACCAAUACCACUGUAGAGAAUUCACUGCACCAUUAGCUAAGAGUAAGUUGAACCCAGUUACGUUAACUUGCCACAUUAAUUUUUUUGUUUUUAAAAAAGAAAAGGUACUUUAGAAUACACUUGCAACCAACCAGUUGACUAUACUGCACCAUGAAAGGGAAAGUUGCCCCAUUUCUCUGGGUCGGGUUCCCAUUUGCUAUACAACCUUGAGGGAGGGAGAGGACUUCCUCCUGCCCUUCAAUAUGCCGGCAUCUGGUAGCCCUUUGGACUGGUGUCUAGGGUCUCCGAGAAGGGGGGGCUCUGGUAGGUUUCUGUGCUCUCCACGCCGCUGCCGGUGGGGUAGCCUGGGUAGGCCGCGCUGGGGUCGGUGGGGAACUGGUCCGUGGCGAACAGGGACAUGUCGGUUCCCAGCCGGUAUCUUUGGAGCGCCUUGAGGGCCAGGGCAACC